CAAAAGAGUUAUAUUUCUGCAUCCAUCGUAUUCUCAUUUCCGCUCGUCUUGUCAACGGGUUGGAAAAUUUAAACGCCACUUUUCCGUGAAAUUAGCCCUUUGAGGACGCACUUUGCGGCGCGAUCGAUGUGGUGCGCUGGUUUGCGUUGAGAUGGCACGAGCAAGGGCCCGGCAGCGAGAAAUCUGCAGUGAAGUGAGCAGCCUGCUGGGGAUUAGCUGCCGCGCUAGUGGGGAGCCCAAUCAUUUUGUAUUUGUGCCGCUGCGUGAUCGGACGAGGCGUUCGCGAUGAUGUGAAGCGCUAACUGCAAUUGGGGGAAAUCCCCAAAAUCUGUCAGUUUCGGGGGGUCGACGAGAGAGAUAAAAAGCGCGAAAUGAGUGCGGUGCUCAGUGAGUCUGCUUCGGACAGGGACCUCAAUAAGUACGUAAUAAGACUUGGACGCUUUGCUUGCAAUGGUGGCGGUGCAUCUCCUCUCGCUUUCCCGGCAAAAGUUUUUUCCGACGACGUCAAUUAUUGCUGAGAAUAUUCUCAAAAAUGCACCCCUCUUUGAAAACAGCCGUGUCGCCGAUGGCUCUGGAGCCGAUCAUCGAGCCCGAGGCGUGGAGGGUGGCCCAGUUCCUCAACUGGCAGGAGACCACCAGCUUCGAGCCCUACAUUUUCGCGACUUCGUCGAGCAGGGCGGGCUCGACCCCGACCAACAAUGAGGGUGGCCGGCCGUGGACCUUUUUCUCAGGGCUGGCCGCCGUCAAGCACCUCCCCACCAGGUACGAGUUCCUCGCGGGCAAAUACCUCUCCAAGUCGACCGUGUUCGGCAUCAGGGACGUCUCUUUGGGCAAAAAGGGCUGGGUCUUCCGCUUUGACAGGCCGCACGUGGGCCACGAGUACAGCCACCUCAACAUUAACCCCAAAGUCACCGGAGUCGCCGACCCGCACAUCCCGCUGCCCGGCGGGGCCGUGCCUGUUGGCGAGGCGGCCACCAAGGUCAUCAACGUAGCUGGCAAGGUUGUCCUUGUGGCUGCGGUGGCCGUCGACAGUUACAGGCUUUGUGGAGCGGUGUACAAGGAUGUGCAAGAAAAAGAGUCGCUUGGGCACAGAACGGCCAAAACCACAGCUUCGGUUGCGUCUGGCUGGGCUGGAGGGUUUGCUGGAGCGGCGGCUGGCAACAGCGUCGGCACCAUUGUCGGAGGGGCGAUCGGCGCCGCUUUUGGUGGAAUCGGAGCCGUUCCUGGAGCUGCAAUUGGGUCCAUGGUUGGGUGCUUGCUCGGCGGAGUUACCGCAGGUGUUGGCGCGAGCACAGUUGCUGAAGUUGUCGUCGAAAAGCUGAGGGGAAAUUUGCAAGGCGUUGUUUCAACCACCGAGGACGGCCACGUCGUGGUCAAACCUUCGUUCACGCCCGAGAGCGAAGAGCAAGAGGACGAGUGGCUCGAAAUUUUGCGGCUGGUUGUUUGUCUGGCUCUGAACAAGAGACACAUGAGCAUCGUAACGUACCAGCCCACCUAUCAGGUAUUCCCUGCCGAGAUUUCCAACAUCCUGCAGCCGGAGAGCAUCAAAAGCGACUACCUGCACGUGACCGAGGCGAUUCUGACGUGGCCCAUAAUCAGGGAGAUUUGCGCGACGCCGCAGUUCUUCUUCUCGGCCAUGGCCCUCACCCCCGUCCCCCUUCCCUCUGACAUUGAAACGCUUAGGGGCUGUGUCGAAAACAAAAUUCCCGAUUUUUCCAUUUGCGAGUACAUGUGCAUGAAUAGUAACGGAAGCGCUCUCUACUGGCUCAACCCUCAGGGUAGCGCUGAAUUUGCCUUAGAUAUUCUAGCCAAGCAGGCGCCCUAUCUGCAAGUCAAAACUUUUUAGACUGUUUCCUUUCCUCAGACGUCUUUUUCCGUUUUAAAACAGGCGCGAUUCUAAAAUUAUAAAAUCUGCUUUCCUUUCAUGCAUUCAAUGCAACCUGUCUCUGGGACGAAUUUAAUCUCUUUCUCUCAAUCUUUGACCUGAGCAGCUGAACCACUUGAAUUAUAAAACAAGAUGCCAGGUAGCCAAUCUCUCCUGACUCCUGAUCAUACUACACUUGCCUCUAGAUGAUGUAACUAUCGCUCAAAGAAGUCAGUCAAUAUUGCAACAAUCUUAUAAUGAGACAUAUCAUGGUACUUUAACAAAAAAAAAAAUACAAUGUUUUUGGCUAAACGAACAUUGAACAUAUCGAUCAGAAUGAGGGACGAUUCACGGAAAACGCUUUCGAUUGUAUUAUUAUGAAUAUUAUAUUAUAAAAAGCCAUUGGAGUUUCGUAAAAUUAUAAUAUAUAUAUAAAUCGAUAUGACUGUAGUUCCAAUUGUGCUUAGAUUAGACUGAUCAAGUCGUGCCACAUUAAAUCCCCAAACAUCUAGCUUGAAUUUUCGCUGUUUUUACUAAAGAUUGUGUGUGGGAAAAAAACAGGUGAUCACUUGUGGGUUUGCAGGACCAAAUCUAAAUUUUGCAUUUCAUUUUUUGUCAAAGAAAUGACGCACAAACAGAGCAUUUUACAUAAUUAUAUAUAUCUCGUCAGUAAGGAGGGUAAAAUAAACGAAAUUACGACCACAAUAAAAAAACAUAUCAAGAUCACUAUUACGAGCUUUAUUAAUGCUAAGUGAAUUAACAAUUUGUUGUUUUUUAACGUUUUGGUUCCAAGUUUCGGAUGACACGUUUGUUAUUUAUAUAUAUUUGAACUGAAUGCAGCUUUUUAUACAUAUGCAAUGCACAAACACAUAGGCCUAAAUAAAUUUCAAGCAGCGUCACGGGGUUUAAUGUGCUUUGACUUGUGUCGCGUUAGUGCUCAAAAGAAUUAGGCAAAGGAUGUCAAUUUGCAAUUUGUACGUACAAUUAUUGGAAUUUGAAAGAAGAAAAAAAGAAUAUAUUAUAAAUAUUUAAAUAUGUCUGUUCCUACGCUAUCAACUUGUUAACAUAAAUAAUUGUGCACAACUAGAGAAUUUAUAAAAUAUUUAUAGAAAAGUUGCUUCCAAUUGAAUGUUAUAUUUAUGGCGUAGCUGUGCGUUUAUAUAUGGCAAGUACAUAUUUUUCUAGAAAUUGAAGCUUACAUUGUUAGUGCAUCUGUGAUUACAAAUUAUUAUUAACUGAACAUAUUUGAAACGUUGCAAUCUGCUUUAUCACAUUUUACUAUGACACUUUUUGCAAAAAAUGCAGCUUCAUUUUUUUUAUUCAAUUAAAUAAUGGGAGAAAUGUGAAAUAAGAUAUUUUAUUUUCGCCGGCAGAUACUUUGUAACAGUCCUGGGAGCGGUCUUCUGGAGUGAUUGACCCCCAAUAAUUAUUUCACAGUACAAAAUAUUGAGAAAUUAUUGUUUUUAUUACAAAAAAUUUCAAUAGUGCAAAGCAGAGUUUAAUUUUUAAGUAUUUGUAUAAAUUGCCACAAAAAUCGAUGCACAAAAUUGUUAGAGUUGAUUAAAAUGUUAGGCCUAAUUAACUGCUCUCUCAUUGAAACCAAUCGCAAAGGCUUUUUCAAGUUGUGGAAAAUAAAUUAUUUGCUGAAGCAUUUUGAAAUCUCUAUAUAUUCCAAUGCUUGUUUGGGUCCUGUUUCGCAAAAGCAUUUGGCAAUCUAACAACAAGUUGAUACAGGUCAGAAAAAAAGCCAUUGUUUGGAAAUGACUGAGCAGCAAACUUAUAAAACUCAGAAAUGGACGAAAGUAACUUAAGAAUAUAUCACACAAUUCAUGUGUUGUGUAGAAUGAAUAAAAAAAAUGAA